AGUUCACUCCUGGACGCACCUGGAAUAUCUCGAGAGCAAAAAUGAGAAUCCUGGUCUACACGGCAGCGAUCGCCCUGCUGGUUUCGGCGGCUUGGGCCGAGGUGGUCAAGACGGCUGAGAAGGUAGAAGCGCCGAUAGAAGACAAGUCCACGAAGAAGCAGGAGAAACGCGGGCUGCUCGGCCUGGGUUAUGGUUACGGGUACGAUGGUGGCUAUGACAUCGGAGGCGGUGGCCACGGUGGCUUAGAGCUCGGCGGUGAUUACGGAAUUGGUCUAGGGGGUGGCUACGGCCAUGCCCUCGGCCACGGCCAUCACGAGCAUAUCAAGACCAUCACCGUGGUGAAGAACGUCCCUGUAGCCGUCCCGGUCGAGAAACAUGUGCCGUACCCGGUCGAGAAGCCAGUACCUGUCCCAGUUAAGGUCCCAGUACCGCAACCGUACCCAGUCGAAAAGCCCUACCCGGUGAAGGUCUACGUCAAGGUUCCAGUCGAAGUUCCGGUACCACAACCGUACCCAGUGGAGAAGAAGGUCCCGUACCCCGUCCACGUGCCAGUCGACCGUCCGGUACCCGUCAAAGUACUGGUUCCCCAGCCGUACCCAGUUGAGAAGCACAUACACGUCCCAGUGAAGAUACCAGUGCCACAACCGUACCCUGUCGAGAAGCCAGUCCCAGUGCAUAUCAAGGUUCCGGUCCAUAUACCACAGCCCUAUCCAGUGGAGAGAUUGGUCCCAGUCAAGGUCCCGGUUGACCGUCCGAUCCACGUGCCAGUACCCAAGCCUUACCCAGUGCACAUUGAGAAGCCCGUACCCUACCCAGUCGAGAAACCCGUGCCCGUCCCAGUCAAGGUACCAGUAGACAGACCGUACCCGGUCCCAGUAGACAGGCCGUACGCCGUGCCGGUGAAGGUACCCGUUCCCCAGCCCUACCCGGUUGAGAAGCCGGUGCCCUACCCAGUGGAGAGGCCUGUACCCGUCGAGGUGAGAGUACCAGUCGACAGACCGUACCCAGUUCAUGUUGAGAGGCCAGUACCUUAUGCAGUCGAGAAGCCUGUACCGUACCCAGUCAAAGUACCCGUCGCGGUACCGGUGCACCACGAGCACGGCUACAGCAAUGACUGGGCCGGCAGCCAUGGAUACCAUUAAAUAUCGAGCUUCGUUGAUUCACGGUCACGCAGAUUAGAGAACCUGACGGCGGGUACUUAUGGUGACCGUGUAAAUCGACGAUUAUAGGGUUACACACGGGAGAAGAAAACGAAUUCAAAUUGGACGUGGCACGCGUCGAACACAGCACACACGCAAAUAUACACACGAUUACCUUCUUUUGUACCUGGACUGCCACCGGGCGCGGAAGACUUCCGGUCGACCGGCACGCGACCCUGAUGGCCCUGUCUACCCGCGAUAGAUCGUGCCGAGCUGUAAGGCGGCGCGUGUCACCGCAAGAAACGGAACGGUGAUGCUCAUAGGUGUGGAGCCUGUCUCUAGUGGCCUUCGCUCGCAAAACAGCCCGCUUGUCUUACGUUUUUCUACAGCG